AUGGCCGCGCCUAAGCCGGGCGGCUUCAAAAUGUCGCUGGGGGCCCUGAAGGCGAAGCCAGGACUAAAAGCAUCUCCAGCGCAAAAAGACAACAAAAAACCAAAGGCUCUCCUCGGCGACGAUGAACCGGACGAUGCGGUCAAACAGCAAGAAAUUACAGGAUGGGACGCAGCAGAGGGCGGCGCGGUUGAUGCCAACGGCAAGAAAGAAAAGGAGCAACUUCGCGUCAUCCCGGUGCCGCCAAAUCGCGAUUGGCGCGCAGCAGCACGGCGGAAGCACCUUGCGAAGGCGCCACACCAACAAGGGCAGAACGAAACGGUCGACGAGAAGCAAAUUGAGGAGCCCAAGUACCAGUACGGGCUGACGGUCAUGAAGAAAGACGAUGCACAAGAAGACGGCUCUGCAGAGCCUGACGCGCCGGAGCCGAUGGAAGUAGAGCAAGACAAUCUUACAGAACAAGAGCGGCUGGAGAAGAAGGCACUUGAAGCGCUGAUAACGGGCAAAUCGACUGACAACGAACUCGUAAUACCUGUACAGACCGAAGAGGAGGCAUUUCAACACGACUUGCAGAACGCGCCCGAGGCCCCUACGCUCGAAGCCUACGAAGCUACCCCAAUCGAAGGAUUCGGCGCAGCGCUACUUCGCGGUAUGGGCUGGAAAGAUGGCGAAGGAAUUGGAAAAAAUGGCACCUCUGUGAAGCCGAAGGAGAUCAAGCGGCGACCAGCUUUGCUGGGCAUUGGCGCAAAAGAGGAUGCAGCAGUGGGCAUUGAGCUUGGGGAAUGGGGCGGCGGCAAGGGCAAGGGUAAAGGCAAAAAGGUUGCCCAGAGUUACAAUCCAGUCACGCUACGGAACAAGCAUACAGGCGAGAUCAUCACGGAGGAAGAACUCAAGGCAAAACUUGAGAAUCAGAAAUUGGUGGAGGAGGAGAAAGCCUCAAAACCAAAGAGCAAAUACGAUGAUGAUAGCGAAGAUGAGCGCAAGCACGAGAAGCGGAGGGAGAAGCGAGACGAUCGGGACCGCGACCGCCGACGCGAAGACGACUACGACAGCGAGCGAAGACGAGACAAAGACCGUCGACGCGAGAAAGAUGAUUACCAUGACAGCGACCGGCGCCGCGACAAGCGACGAGAGCGCACCCGCGACGAUGACUACCACGACAGCGAGCGACGAAGAGAAAAGCGCAGAGACCGCAGCCGCAGCCCCGACGACCGCAAAGACAGGCGUCGGGACCGCGAUCGAUAUCGCAGCCGAAGCCGGGAUUCCAAAUCAAAAAGCGACCGCCGGGAUCGCAGUCGUAGUCGCGACUCGGAUGAUCGCAGGAAAAGGAGAAGGGAGAAAGAAUACGAGGAUGAUGAGAGAUAUGAGAGGAAGAAUAAGUAUAGGGAUAAUGGGUAUUAUAAGUGA